AUUCGUUACAAUGUCCUCUUUCCUGUAUCUCGCGCGUUUUAUAAUUUAUCCCAACUGAUAUUAUAUUGUGAGUUUGUGACAUAUUGUUUCCAAAGUUUGCAGUGGUACUUCAACCUCCUUAUUAUGAUGUCUCCUGGAACUCAUUUGAUUCUUCUUUGGGUUGGGUUACAUUGUUUGUGGAUCUCUUUCAGUCUUUAGCACAUUGGUUUCGCGUACCUGAGCUUGUCGUUACAAAAAGUCUGAGAAAGAUAACUUUUGAACUUACUGAUGUUUAAGAAGUCAGUAAUUAGAAAUCCAAAGGCCAAAGGCUUGAGGGUACAGCAUGCAGUUAAAACAUGUUUGCUGAUAGUGUUGGGUAUCUGGAUGCUGUAUCAGCUUAAGCUCCUCCUUGUGAAUUUAAAUAGUAGAAAGAACGGUCUUAUAUCAACAGAUGUUUCAGGGAAUAAGCCAAAGUACAUGAGUAAUAAGCAAUCGAAAUUGACUAGAAAAAGCCUUUUCCGAGUGGAAACUCAAGUUGUCAGUUUUCAAAGUGGUAGUGAUGAGGAGCAAGAAAGGAACAAUGACAAGAAGAGGGAUGAGGGAGAUGAGGAAAGAGCACAAGAGAAGAUGAAAAUGUUGGAUUAUCAGAUAGGCGAGGAAGCUGAUAUUCCGAAUCUCAGGAAUACAAUCCAAACAUCAGAGGAUACAAAGUAUCAGUCGGAAUUCCCUUUUGUGAGUAAAAGAGACGAGUAUGAGUCUUUUGAGUAUUCAGAAUCUGUUGUUGAUCAAGACAGCAAACAAGAUGAUUUCGAGCUGGAAAUAUACAGAUCAGUAAUAAAAAUAGAAGAGUAAAAGAUACAGAUCAGUAAUAAAAAUAGAUUACAAGCUACAAGUAUAUACUAGUUGUUUAGUUCUUAAAUUGCUCAGUAUUUGUGCUAGUUAAUUAGUGGUAUCCAGCCGCAUUAACAACUAUAGCAUCAGUUUAUCUGUUAUCCACAUGGCUUUGUACCAAGUAUUUCCACUCUGCCUUUAUCUUGAUAUUUCUCCUUUGCUUGUAUUUCAUUAA